AUGGCCCAACCAGAUUUUUUUAUAUUACAAAGCUACGUUAAUUUAUCCUCGGGUGGCAUUAUCCCUAUUUUAUUUGGGUCACGAGCUCGUGUCUGCAAAAGUGCGGAUAAACCUAAUAUCACCGAGCGCCUUUUUUAUGAGCGAAACAUGCGUCGCCUUGCCUUAGUUGUCGCUGCUGAUAUCGCUCUCUACGGCAAUAAAAACGCUCGUCCGACUGGAGGCGCUGGCGCUGUUGCUAUGCUAAUCGGCCCUAAUGCACCUUUAGUUUUCGAUCCAGAUGGUUAA